UUGGCUUUUAAGGCUGUAGAAUACUAGACGUUCCAAUCAGCAGUCUCUCUAUUUUACUGUUGUUGGUUUAUUUAUCACUUCGACACAGGUACUUCUUUCGAAAUAUUCUAAUAAUUAAUAACCGUUCGAAUAUUGUUACCUACCUACACACAUGUGGCAGUCUAAUUUACGUACAUAAUGGUUGAGUUUCUAUAAUCGAAGCUGUAGUGGUGCACACAAUAAAUCAUUAUAAUCGUAAUAAUAGAUCGUUCCGUCGAUCGCCUCGAGGGAGACUUUUUACGUAAUCAAUUUCCCGGUGGCGCGACGUCUAUUGUGUGAGCACCUCGCGGUUACUGUUAUUGCGAACGUUGCCAUCCAACACUGCAACUGAUUGUGGGCUCCAAGGUAAUGAUGCCCCUUGGGGUAUGUUUUGUCAACAAAUGUAACUUUCACGGUCCACUACCUCCCUCCCAUACCUUAUGAAUGUUAUGGGUUUAUUGUAAUCUUGUAGAUUGUGGUACUGUAUUUACAUGUUAAACAUUAAGGAUAUUGUUUUUGGUCAAAAAAAAUUUCGGGUUGUCGCCCUUUGAUGAGUCACUCUCGCUAAACUUUCAACGCUACCAGUCUGUACGCUCAUCAUCCUAUGGGAACGAUGAAGCUGAUCAAGUGAUUAAACCAGUGUGCUAUCUUGACAGUGAUGAGUACUAGAGACGCAACAGAUGACCGCUAUAUUGACGAUCCUAUCCGAACGUGCAAAAAACCACCUUACAAGGUAAAGUCACCAUCAUAUGUCAACAUAUCUAGAUCUAUAAAUGGUUAUACAUCAUCUUUAACUCAGUACGAUAGCAAGAAACGCGAGAGUCGAUCUAGGGAUUGUAGCCCUAUCAAUGUACGUACAGUUAAUUGUAACAUGGAAGACCAAAAUAUUAUGACGAAAUGUUCAAUAGCUGAUACAGUUGAUUAUAGGACUGAAUCUGCCAAUUCAAUAGUUGUAAACACAAUCCAAAGACUUUACGGUUCUAGUGUUAAAGUGUCACCUAAGGAAAAAAGAUUAAACAACAUUCCUACAUCAACUGUAAUACAAAGAGAACAUGCUGAUUUACCUGUCUUAAAAUUGCUCAACCCCCAAUUCCGGGCAAAACUAGUAAUAAAUCAUAAUUCACCAUCCCCAAAAAUAAAACCUUCACAAAUAACUACUAAUGGUAGUGAUGUAGAAAUUAAUGGUGGUAAUUAUUUUAUUAAAUUAGUUAACUUAGAAUGUGAUGCAAUAAAAAAAUUAAUAUCACAGGUAGAAUGCUUAUUACCAAUUGCUCCUGAACAUGGUCAGGCUCGUAUUCAAGCAAUCAUUGGUAAAUCAAAUCUGUUAAUGUCCAAAAAAAUUCAACAAUUUGUUGGUUUAUGUGAGAGUAAUAUAUCUUGUGCACAUGAUGAUUUGUCUAGACCAAAAAAUAAUGAUUUAGAAGGGUUUUGGGAUAUGGUCAAAAUACAAGUUAAUCAGGUGAAAACUGAAAUGCGAAAUAUUAUUGAUAUAAGUAAUAAAGGUUGGCCUGAUGACGAAGACCAAAACAAAGAGAAACCUAUCAAAACUAUUAAAGUAAAAACGAAAGCAAAAAAACCAGUUGUUUUAAAUUCAAAAUAUGAUGCGGCUAGAAGAAAAGCAAUCGAAGAACAACGCAAGGCAAUGAAAAACUUAAAAAGUGAUGAUGUUAUAUUUUUUUAAUUAUACACAUGUAAAGAUUAGACUGUAAUAUUAUGUGUUAAUGAGUAUUAUAAUAUUUAAUUAGUAAUUGUUUAACUUUUUAAUUUAUA